GUAUGUUCUCAUCUCAUUCUGAACACAGACCCAGCUAUUUCAGUAUGUUCUCAUCUCAUUCUGAACACAGACCCAGCUAUUUCAGUAUGUUCUCAUCUCAUUCUGAACACAGACCCAGCUAUUUCAGUAUGUUCUCAUCUCAUUCUGAACACAGACCCAGCUAUUUCAGUAUGUUCUCAUCUCAUUCUGAACACAGACCCAGCUAUUUCAGUAUGUUCUAAUCUCAUUCUGAACACAGACCCAGCUAUUUCAGUAUGUUCUCAUCUCAUUCUGAACACAGACCCAGCUAUUUCAGUAUGUUCUCAUCUCAUUCUGAAAACAGACCCAGCUAUUUCAGUAUGUUCUCAUCUCAUUCUGAAAACAGACCCAGCUAUUUCAGUAUGUUCUAAUCUCAUUCUGAACACAGACCCAGCUAUUUCAGUAUGUUCUAAUCUCAUUCUGAACACAGACCCAGCUAUUUCAGUAUGUUCUCAUCUCAUUCUGAACACAGACCCAGCUAUUUCAGUAUGUUCUCAUCUCAUUCUGAACACAGAACUAGCUAUUUCAGUAUGUUCUAAUCUCAUUCUGAACACAGACCCAGCUAUAUCAGUAUGUUCUAAUCUCAUUCUGAACACAGACCCAGCUAUUUCAGUAUCUUCUCAUCUCAUUCUGAACACAGACCCAGCUAUUUCAGUAUGUUCUCAUCUCAUUCUGAACACAGACCCAGUUAUUUCAGUGUGUUCUAAUCUCAUUCUGAACACAGAACUAGCUAUUUCAGUAUGUUCUAAUCUCAUUCUGAACACAGACCCAGCUAUUUCAGUAUGUUCUUAUUUCCUGAUAUCAAUUAGAUUGAAACCUUGA